AUUCAGUUGGAUCCAUGAUGUACGACGAGCAGAGACCAGUGUCCGCCAACUACGACAACCCUCAGAGUCCAAAGUUUAGCGAGCGUAAAAUGGCAGAGGCUGCGUACAAUGCUUCAUUGCCAAACCAUCCCCUCAACCUGGAGGUUGGUCAUCAACUCCAGAGGGCGGCAAACAAUGGUGAUCAGCAUUCAAUCGAUCCAUUUGAUAUGGAACCAUUCAAUCCAGAAGCUGCCAAACAACCCUCCAACCCUUCUGCAGUUGUCGGUGCCUCAGGCCUGCAUCUUCAAGACACGGUUAGCAACGCAGCUUCCGCUUCAGCCCCAGCCCCACCGACAAAUCCCCUCUACAAUGAAGAAUGGUUCCAUGGGCCAAUGAGCAGGAAGGAGGGGGAGGCACUGCUCAGUAACGAUGGAGAUUUCUUGGUCAGGGAAAGCACGACAGCCAAGGACCAGUACGUCUUGAGCGGGAUGCAGAACGGCACACCGAAACACCUGCUUCUAGUCGACCCACAGGGCAAGGUGAGAACGAAAGACAAGGAAUUUGACAGCGUAAGCCAUCUCAUCAACUAUCACCGGAACAACCGACUGCCGAUCAUCUCUGCCGGUAGCGCUGUCCAUCUCAAGAGCCCGGUCGUCCGGAAAUUCAAGACAUAGGCUCAACCCCCCCCUCCCCCCCCCCAUCCUCCCCCACCCCCAUUGCCACUCCCCAGAUCCAUAUUUCCAUGCGAACUGUUAUGAAAUAGCAUUAUGCAAUCAGUGAGUGAAGGACAUGUAUGUAGUCACUCGCAGCUCAUUACCGGUAAGCGUUUUUUUAAACGUCUUUGUAACUCUCCAUCAAUGCCUUGCAAGGUAAGUAGAGCUUUACAUCAGGAAAUGAUGGUACCCUUGCUCUAAAUUUCAAAGGCAAAAUGACGUAUGCCUGGGUCUUGUGAUACAAAGUUUAGUGAUGAAUCGUUUGCUUGAUGUUCACGAUUGAUUGUACAUGUACCUUGUAGUCAAUGCAAUCAUACAGCAAAAUUGAUGUGCGGUCAUUGCGAAGCUUUGUGUUACGGGCCAUUGGAGGGGCAUUUUAUCAAACAAGUAGUCAGUGAUUUGCACUGAUUAUUUGUGGUUAACAAGUAAAAUCCUUCCUUCUGAUUGGCACAGUGCAAAUUUUUCAGUGGAAGGACCUUUGAUGAUGCGAUUCUUGAGGGUUUGGAUGACGUACACGUAAUCACUGCAUAAUGAAAUUUCUAAUUUACUUCUGUUGAUAGCGGCCUUGAAUCGCAUUCGACCAGGAUAUAUACGAUAUUUGCUUUAUCCUUCUUGAACAUCUACUUGUGAGCAGAUGGAAUAUACACACUCAGAAAAAAAAAAUUGUAGCAUGGAGAAUGUACAUUGAAAUGUCUUUUUGAGGUAUAUUGGAAGUAUAAAUGCACAUUAUAUAUACAGAUGUUAGAAUCCUAUAACGAGGUAAUUAUGUUUAUGGGGAACAUUGAAAACUUCUACCUGUAACAUUCAGUACACACAAUAAAAGAUCUAUCCGAGGCACUUUUGAAUAUGACAUCUCAUAUACAUUAAGGUAAUCAUCAUAGUUGUAAUUGGUAUUAACGUAAGCGUACAUGUACAAUGGCAUCAAACGUUCCAUACCAUCAAACAUUUUAUUACUUUUUACUUAUCCGUUUAGUUGUUAUUCAUAUUAUGCUUUAAAAAUGCUUUCAAAUGGUAAAAUUCAAUGAUGAGGACUUUUAUUAACCAGUGCUCGCCCCCCCUACCCUGUAACAACACCUCAAUUACUGUAGAUGCUUAACUGUGACUCCUCAUGCAUUACGAUUGAUAUUUGCUGCAAAAUAAAGUACAUAUGUUAACAUGUCUGUUUCACAUACAUGCACCAAUUGUAAAGUUGAUAUCAUGUGACUGCUCAUAUGAUUCAUCAUGUGACUAAGAUUUGGUUUCAUUAACUUUAGUCAGAUCAGGGGCAUUUUUCAUAGAACUUGUUGGGAUCACAAAUUUGCAAUCAAAGUUUAAAGCGACUGAAAUCAUUCAAUUUCAUUGGCUGGCAGUAAAUUUGUUACAGAAAUUGUGCAUUUGUCAUUAUAACAAGCCUUUAUGAAAAAGGACCAGGUGCAGAAUAAACAGAUCUUUAGUUUAUUUUCUUCCCUUUCUAGCUACAAAUUCAAGAACUCUGUGGUAUCAUGAGAUAUUGAUCUAGAAUUGUAGUUGUAUGUACAUUGUUCUAGUUACAAUCAUGGGUACAAUUGAUUGUAUUAUUACAUUGCCCAGGACCUGGUAACAUAAAGAGAUGCAAUCAAUGUUUACAGUGCAUUGGAAUCACGUACACAUGAGAGUUUCAAUCAGUUGUAAAAUUAAUAUAUUAUAUAUGUUAAUCGUAAUUUUAUUAUUUUCUUCUCUGUCAAGUAUUAACAAGCUAUUAAAGUGAUAUAAUUAAUGUUUAUUAUAAAUAGGAAUGAUAUGCACAUUAUUUGCUAAAGGACAUUGUUACAAUCAGUUAUAAACACGAUAUAUUGUAUGUUUACAAAUGAUUGUUGAUUUUUUUCAGACUUCAUUGUCAAGUAACAGGAGAUCUAAUUUUGAUUGAUUUUUUUUAAUGGUAUUCAGUGACAGUUUGUCAUUUGAAUUUUAAUUUUAUCAAUCAAAUCUUUUAAUUAAUUUGGUCUAUUUUGUUGGAAUGGACCCUUUAAUGUGUCAAAGAAUCAAUUAUCAGCAUUAUCAUCAGCAUCUUCCCUGUCAUUUUAUCAUGAAUGUUGCUGUUUUUAAUCAUGAUAUCCUUUUUAAUGUUUUUAUAUAUCAAUUCAUUUUUUGCUGUUCCAUUUGUCUGCAAAAUCUUUUUCAUAGAUAUAUACACAUUAUCAUGUACUCUUAAUUUGCUUACAGGCAAAUCCCUUGUGACCGUGCAAUGACAUCUUGUAUGUUGCAUAAUACAUGACUACCAUCUGUCAUUUAUGUGAAAAGCCUGUUCUCCUUGUGGGCCAACAACUUUUCCAAGAAAAGAAGCGCAACAAGUUAGAAUUGAAAAAAAAGUAAAAAUGUAUAUCGUACUGCAUGAUAAAUUCUAAGACCAGGGCUCCGUAACACAAAGAUUAGCGAUGAAUUGCAGAUAUGAAAAACUGCUCUGAUAGGUCCCUGGUCAGUAUUUUAAACCUAAUGCGCGUGUAACAUUGAUAUUGAUUGGUCAGUUCAUUUAGCGAUUGAUCGCUAAUCUUUGUGUUACGGAGCCCAGGACCCCAUCUCACAAAGAGUUACGAUUGAUCCGAUCAAUCGUAAUUCUAUGGAAAUCCAUCACUGUCAUAUUUUCUUUCUACAAAAAUUGUCUUAAUAUCCUUUGUAUGCAAAGAGGAGCGCAGUGAAUUUUCAAGAAAACAAUUAAUGUAUGAAUAUACAUCACAGCUAGAGAAUAUUUUGAACAAACAUGUAUAAUAGAUGUUGACGUUGCUGGCCGUCCAUAGUAGCGAUUGAUCGGAUCAAUCGUAACUCUUUGUAAGACGGGGCCCAGGUAAGAAUAAGGAAAAUUAGAACUGCAAUUGAGAUCCUGGGAAAUCCAGUGUUUAGAUUAGAUUUUUAAUCACGUUGAAAGAGAAAUGUGAUGAAUGCAUGGUGUUGAGUACACGGUUGUCAACCAGCAUCUCUGACUUCGCAAUAGGUGCACAACUUGGUAUCAUGAUAUGCUCAACUCAAUUGCUUGGUCCCUAUAACAAUCCAUCGGUAUUGCUAUUGUUUGGUUUAAAUGUUAAAGUCCUUCCUGAGUUCACAUACCUUCCCGUUUAUAAACCUACACAGUAUUAUAAGGUUAUCUUCCAAACUCAAUCACUGGCCAAAGAAUAUUGCAGAGUUAUGGAUUCUUCUCUUACCUUAUAUGAUGUACGCAUGCAUCCCAUAAAUAAUAUGAGCGUAAAACAAAGUAAACAGUAAUUAUGAAGGAAAUACCUGACUUCGACCCCGAGGAUAAGUCUCCAGACUUUGCCUCUGAGGAUAAGUCUCCAGACUUUGUCUCCGAGGAUAAGUCUCCAGACUUUGUCUCUGAGGAUAAGUCUCCAGACUUUGUCUCUGAGAAUAAGUCUCCAGACUUUGUCUCUGAGUAUAAGUCUCCAUACUUUGAACCUCAAGGUACCCAGUUGCCCCUGGUUGCCUAGCCUAUAACCUAAGCAGAGGCUUCAGCUUUUGGCUUUGCCUUUAAUUAUUAAGAGUCUGAUGCUGAUGCUGUUUCCCGAAACAUCAGCACUUCAUGUACAUCUGAUGCAGGAGAAUAUGCACAGUGGCUGCAAAAGCAACCACUGUCCAUACACUCUGGUCUUUUGUUACUUGUUUUCAUUUUAUUGAAUAGGAUUCAGUGCUGGUUCUAGAUGAAAAACUGCUACUGGACAUUCCUCGAUAAAAGAAGACAACAUUGUUUAUGGUAACAUGGUCUAUACCCUAACUUUUCUGUAAUGUACAGUACAUGACACAUUGAAAUAAUGUGGAUAUUCCGUCAUUUAUUACAUUGAUAAUCAUACUUGCUCUGUUUCUAAUUAUCUGUAUUCUUAGUGGUAAUCCAGGUUUUAAAACUGGUUUAGUCCCCGAUAACGGGGCAUGGCCGGAUUCACCUCGCACUCGCAGAUAUCACCCUCGCCCCUUACCUCUACUUUAUUUGGUGCAUCCUCCUCCCUCAACCUGACCCCCCUCCUCUCCACCACCACUUGCUGCUUGAUUUUUUUUCUUUGGUCGCCCCCAACGAACGUAGAGGGCAGCAACACCCCUAACCCUCUGAUAAAUUGACAAAAAUAACUUGAGUUAAUUUUAGUCAAUUAAAUAUAGUUCAUCACCUUCAAUAUUACUUGACCUGCUAUGUGCUACAGUACCUUCAUAUUUAUUCUUUUGUUUAACUGCAUGGAGUAUGCAUAACAUAAUUUGUCUAUGAUGUAUAGACCCCAUUUACGAAAAAACGAGAUGAAGAAUAUGACGGAUAGGUCAUUUACUACAUCGAUGCUGCUUAUAAUAUUUCCAAUCAUUCCUAAGUAAGUUACACCUCAUUGAGUUGAUGAGGUAAUUACAGCAGGCUGUGCAUUGGCGUUGAUUUGUUAUCAAAUUUCAUUAUUAUUUGACUACAUAUGUAUUACCUGUAUUGGCAAUGUAUCCCGUAACUGUAUUUUCCUGUUUGUAGUAUAUUAUACAUGUUUACAGAAAACAGAAAUUUACACUAUUUUUUUCUCUCUCUUCCAUUUCUGGGGAAGGUCUGUUCAGCAAUAUCCGAUUACAUGUCUCCAUGAGGAUGUGUAGAGAUUUUGAAAACUUCAUGGCCUUCAGUUUAUUCUUUUUUUCUUUUUUUUUCAGAAUAAUAUAAUCACAACUUUAUUGAUUGUUUUUUAGGAUCGACAGAUGUGUGGAUCAUAUUCUAUCCCUCCUCUCCCCUUGUCCUUCGAUGCUAAUGCCGUGUGGAUUCCCUAUUUUUUUUUUCUUAUGAUGUCUUGAAUUUAAAGGAGGGACUGAGAUCACCUUGAUACCAAGCUGGUUGUAAUAAAAAAAAAUGAAAGAAAUAUAUUAAUGUAGGUUUGAUGAUAUCAUGUCAAAGAAUAACAGUUGUGGAUUUUUUUAAGUUUUUAAUUUUUGACAUGUAUGAGCAGCUACCCCACAGGUCAUAUCAUAUUUACUCCACAAUUUUAAUGGUCACAGGUGACUGAAAAUAUAUUGUAUGAUCUUACAUCUUGUUUUUACGCAUUUUCAUCAAAUCUACACCUGUCUGUUUCUUUCACUUUUCUGCUUUCAUUAAACCAAAUAUGAUGUCAGGGUGAUCGUUCCCUUUAAUUUGGCAGUUGUUUACCAUAUACACUCAGGCUGAAUCUGGUUUUAUCAUUUUCAUACUCAAUCAAUUAAUAAAUUUCAGUGAUUGAUUUAAAGGAAAAUCAGUACACUCAGAAUUUCAUUAAGAUUAUGAAUUGAUAUCAAAACAUAGUUUACAACUUUUUACUCAAUAAUAUCUUGAUUUUUUUUAAUGAUUUUUAAUAUCAUAAUUUGUGAUGAGUAAUUGGUUGCAUCCAAAACACAUUCUUCUGAGGUGUUUAUUCUAAUAUUUUUUUCAAAUCAAAGUUUAUAUAUUGGAUAAAAAACUAUUUGUUUUGUACUUUGUGUUUACUUUCAGAGCUUCUUCAACGGGAACCAUGAUUCUUCUAGAUAGCAAAGUAUGGUGUGUACUUUUUUAAAUCAUUGCGUCUACCUGUCAUCAAGCAUUAAAGCAAUACAAUUCUCAUGAAAAGAAGUUUUGAUUGAAAUGAUUAUUGAAGCUUUACCUUCUUUAUCCUGAUUCUGAAAUUGAUGUUGAUGAAUGCUGUACAGUAUAAACAGUUUUGGCAGAAUUAUUUUUGAAAUUCCACUGCAUAUUUAGUUUACUAUUGUCAUGUGCUUGUUUGUAUAUAUUCAAACGUAUUAAUCAUGAUAAUAUGAGAAUAAUCUACGAACAUUCAUAGUACUCUAAUUGCUUGUUUUCCAGCUUGUAAAUAAUGAUAAUGAUACUGAAUGUUAAACAUUUAGGCCUUACCGUGUAUUAUGCAAUGAACUUGUUCUUUUGGUGCGACUGAUAAAAAAAAAACCAGUUAUAUUAAAAAUAUAUUACGAUGCUAUUUUAGCAGACAUGUAAAGUGGGUGUGUAAUAGUAUGUAAUAUGUAUUAUUGCAGUGUUAGGGAGCACAUGCAACCAGAAUUUUACAGAAUAUAUUGUUGUAUGAAACACUGUAUUUUUACCACUACUGCUUAUUUUUGUGAGGUUCACCCCUCAAUGACUCCUGUAUUUGAGUCUGAUGAAUAAAUCUUGAUAUGACCACCA